AUGGACAUGGACAAGAAGGUUGAUACGUUGGACCCCAAAAAGGAGCGAUUAGUGCUAUCCAACUUUUCAAAGAGUACUGAUUGUGGUGCACUGUUAGGUGUAAUUUUUGAGGCUGGAUCAUGGAAGGUGUAUAAGUUUGUCGAGGAGCACAACCAUGAUCUUGUUGAACGUCCUGAUAAGCAUUUUCUUCCAACUGAACGACACCUCACUCAGCUCCAGAAGCAUGUUAUACACAGCAUGUCUAAGUUGAAUUUGGGUCUCGUCAAGGCGUUUAAUAUUAUGAAGAAUUGUUUUGGUGGUUUUGAAGACGUGGGUGCAAGUAAAGUUGAAUUUAAGAACUACAAGAGAUACGCUAUUGUGUUUGUACCGUUCACUAGUAUAUACAAUCAUCACUGCAAUGUUACAUUUGGUGCUGCAUUAUUGGCGUCGAAAAUUGCUGAUACGUAUAUUUGGUUGUUGAGAGUUUUUCUAAAAGCUGUUGGUUCUCAACCAAAAUUUGUUGUUACUGACCAAGAUCCAGCAAUGAAGAAGGCUAUUUUUGCUGUAUUUGUUGACACGAGGCAUCGGCUAUGCAAUUCCACCAAUUUCAAAGAACGUAUUUGUGGUGUUGUGUGGACGGAUAUUCUCACACCUGAAGAGUUUGAAUCAGAAUGGGAAGCGGUUAUCGGAGAGGAAUCUUGGAUCCCUAUAUACUAUAGAAUGGAAGAGAUGUCGGGUCUUAUACGAACGACAUCGAGGUCAGAGAGUGAGAAUCAUUUUUUUGGUCAGGUGUGCAAUUCGAAAGCUACUCUUGUUGAGUUCAUGACUCAUUACGAAACUGUAAUAGAAGCGCAGCGUCACACACAUCGAAAAAAUGAUCAUGAAUCUCGAUACAAACGACCCCAGUUGAAGAGUAAUUACCAAUUGUUGGAAGGCCAAGCUGCUGAUAUAUACACAAAUAGUAUUUUUUGUGACGUUCAAGAUGAGCUAAUUGGAAUUGCAGAUUGCAUAAAUCAACGUUACGAAGAUCAGCCGGAUGGACAAACAUUCUCUGCAUGGCGUUAUAGAGAAAUUGUUUUUGGCGUUUUUUCAAGUAAUGUUCCGGAAUUUCCAAAACAAUACAUUUUGAAUAGAUGGCGCAAAGAGGCUUCCCCAAACUGCUCUACUGAAUACUCAAUUAGUCGUGAAUAUAUGACCGAGCUUGACCCCGAUGUGCAAAGUAUGAUGCAAGAUAUUAUUUUUUCAACGGAAUAUACUUUGAACAGUUUAUCUGGUAAUAAAGUAGAGCUAUCCUUAUACAAGGAUCAUGUUCAAACUUAUAUGAAGAAGGUUCAAGAUAUGCAGAUUGUUGCUCCUCCCGCUAGUACUAGUGAUAGAUUUGCCGAGAUAACCAGUCAAUAUAAAAACGACAAGAAUCUGAUAAGAGUCCCUGUUGGGUAUAAAUCCAAAGGUUCUGGUCCUCGGAAGCGCCAAAAAUCUAAACAGGAGAUAGCAAUCGAGAAAAAGAAUCAAAGUCGAAACCCGGGGCCAAAGAAAGACAGUGUCAGAACUGCAAAGGAUAUGGACACUACGCAUCGACAUGCAAACGGGUCGUAA